AUAGGGUGGCUAAUAUUGACUGAUUCUGCUUAAAAUGGCUGACAAAAUACAAAUUCAUCCACUUUUCAUGGCACUGCUAGCUAUAAUGUGCUAUUUAUCUCAAGUCGAAGGAAGGAAGGAACAAUGUGCCGAUUGCGUACAACCGACAAAAACUUUCAACUUUGCAGCCAUUACCAGGUCGGCCGUCACGGUAGGCGGGAGUGCCUUGUCAGCGGUGGUUGGGAAAAAAGCGCUUCGUGCUGGCUGCAUCCGGGUGGCGACUGGCGCUUUUUCCGUUGCCAAAGGAGUUAUUGCGUCCAAAACGUGGCGAUCGGCUGCCGUCUACACUGGAACAAGGGUCAGCAACUAUCUGCAGUCGUCCUGGAAUCAUUACCUGGCCGGAGCUAUGGUCGCCUACGAUGCCUAUCAGGUCGUAACGUGGCUCAUGGAUGAAUAAGAAGCCAUUCCAUUAUUUUAACUUAACUAUGUACUUGAGAAGAAUGGUACU